AUGAAGAAGUUUUUCGGGAUAAUUGAGACAAAAAAAUGGAAGACAAAGUGUCUGGCGGCGGAACGCCGCAAUUUUGAGCUGCUUCUUGUGAUCGAACAGUUGGCGACGGAGAAGGAAGAUCUAGCAUUAAAUGUCGAGAAUAAAGCGCAGCAGAUCGAAAGUUUGAAAGAAGCGUCAAAAAAGAAUAUGGCCAAGAUCGUCGAAUUAAACGGGACGUUGGAACAAAGACUGGCAACGGCAGAAACAAGCUUUUCAAAUCAUCUUCGGGGAUGUACGGAGGAGCUGAAGGCGAAUAGAGUGUUAUUGGCUGAGCGAGACUCAUUCAUCGAACAACAGAGAGAAGAGAGGGCGCGGCUUCAUGACCAGAAUAAUCACGACAAGUGUCGGAGUGUUACCGAGAAACUGUUGCUCGCAAAAUUGGAGGAGAUGCAGGCGGUGGUGAAGAACUCGCAGGUGGCGGUCGAGGAAAACCAGAUGCUGCGCGACUUCAUUGAGAUGGAAAGAACAAAACGCAGGACGCUGAUCCUAGAAUUGGAGCGUGUGGAAAGGGUCUGCGCUAAAUUAGAAAAGCAUAGGGACGAGUGUAAGAUGACCGUACAAGCAAAUUUUGAUCUGAAAGCCGAGUUUGAAGUGCACAAGGAGGGGAUGAACGAGCGGGUCCGGCUGCUCAACAGCGAGCUCAAGGAGCAGCGCACCUGCCAUCAACGUCUCGUCGAGGAUAUUAAGAAGAAACAUGUUAUUGCCGCCGAGAUGUCCCAACGCAUUGCGCUGCAACGUUAUCAAGAACUAUUCGAACAAAUAACCAGGAACAAUAAAGUUCGGGAGAAUCGGGCGUCAUUUGGGCAGCUCAAAGCAAGCGCCGGUCAUGUCCCAAGGAGCCUGGCUAGGUCUAAUUCACUACCCCAGAAAAAGGCCACACAACGGAAGCACUCGAUCUUGUUUGGCAAUCCGGACGCCCCGUUGUUCGAACACGAGAAGAUGCCCGGAUGGGAACGAUCGGCCAUCGCUGUUUUUAAA